AUGGAUUCAUUUCACACACCGCAGUUCGUCACUGUGACCGAAAACAAAGCCCACGAAAUCGAACCCGUACAGAUCGUCACUACUGAGAUCCUCGACACUUCAGAGUCUGGGGACGAUACCCGAACAUCGGCGAGCCAACAUGAGGCGACAGCCACUGCAGUCCUUAAAACUAUCGAACAGUAUGGGUUGAAUUUCGAGCGCACAGGUUCAUGGGAAGGCUUCGAAACAUUCUUUCCCGUCGUGUUGGGCCAGGUCUCACGCGGCGAGUCCGUCAAGAUGCUGCUUCCUGGCUUCCCCUUCAAGUCGCCAAACUCAAGAGACAAGGUCCUUGGGAAUCUGCCUGAUCUUGGAGAAGAACUUGCAUUGAAGCACCUCAACGGACUUUGUGAAAACAUCAAAGCAGUGUAUGAGCACGGAGCCGAAGUACAUAUCACUUCUGAUGGGCUUGUCUACAACGACCUACUUGGUGUUCCCGACGAGGAUGUAUGGACUUUUGGGGAAGCUGUCCGUCAAAUUACCGUCGACAAUGACCUGCAUCACCUCAGCUUUCUUCGCCUAUGGGAUCUAUUAGGCACCCCUGGUACAUGGUCCAAGGAACAUUACCUUGCAAACGCCCAUAAUAUCCGUCAAGAGUUGAACAAGCGAUUUGGUGAUCCACAAUUCGAAGCCAACAUGGCCAACAUGUCCAGCAGCGACAUGCAAAUGACGCAUACCAAAUACCUCGAAUUUCUGAAGUCGGAUCUCCUCCUCAACAAGAAGUGGCUCCAGCAAGCUCCGGAAGAACAGGCUGUGACAAUCGUGGAUACAGCAAAAGCAAUGAUGGGUCGUUGGAAGGCAUUCGCCGCUGCGCUUGAAGCAAGUCGUACUGAUUACGUUCGUUUAUCGAUCCACGACUCUGGUGGCAAGGACAAACUCUCAAUGGCGCUUAUCCCACAAAAACAGCGAGGUGCGCUUGGAGCUACACCGUGGCACUCUGUCGUAGUUGCAGAGUUGGACGGAAGCUAUCGUUCGGUUCAGAGGCACAUCGUUGAUCUGCAGAGGUAUGAGCUGAUUUACCACAAAGGCCGACCUUACUUCUACCGCGCCAAAUCAGAGCUCUUUGACUGGAGCGACGAUGGAUGUGACGUCAACUUCGAGCAUCUUUACCCGACAGGUCUCAUCGUCCGUCCUACCGCCGGCACCCCUUCCAUGACCACGAUCCCUUUGAAGAAAGUGCGUACCUUAACGAACACUUUCUCACCCAUCGUUCUCCGCGGAUUUUCCGACACCACAAACCAAGAGAUAUUCACCAGCAGUGCCCACAACCUUGGCGAAGUACUUGUCUGGCCGCAGUACGGCAUCAUGGCCAAGGUGAAGGAUGCAGGAAAGGAUGAUAAGAACGCUAAUAACGUUACCUCCAACGAAGCCAUGCCUAUGCAUUUCGACGGCAUCUUUAAAUACAAAGAUGUUACCGAUCCUGUCACUGGCGAGAUUACAAAAGUGCUGAACCCUCCAGGUUACCAGUACUUCACCUGUAUUGCCACAGCACCCAAGGGGAGUGGCUAUACCCUCUUUACAGCGUCACGCCUGUUUUUUCGCUACCUCUCCCCUCCAUGGACCGUUGAGCGUCUCGAGCCCGUGACAUGGGGCACGCACAACACAGGGUUUUGGAAGCAGGACCAGGAGAAGCUCAGCCUGGUUGUCAAGCACGCAACCACCGGUGAGCAUUGCCUUCGUUGGCACGAACCCUGGAAUAAGACGAAGUUUUCAACUUGCGACGUCUUCAUUGAGAACGAAGACAAGGCGCUGAUUGAUGUGGUCAACACCGGAAUCUACGAUUGGCGUUCAUGCUUGAGGUUCAGCUGGGAGAAAGGUGACCUCCUCAUCAGCGACAACACCGCUAUGUUGCAUACAAGGAGUGCGUACGAGUCUGAUUGCGAAAGAGAGAUGUGGAGGAUUCACUUCGAUUGA